AUGAAUUCCGAAGACGGGGAGUUGUUUAUCAAGCACCUUGCCAACUUCGUGCGAACGCACGAAAAGGCUCUGGCGAAUGCCUUGCAGUUUCGGCGACAACCGGCCCGCCAUGGACCAUCCCAUAGCGUCGGCUCGGUCUCCAUUCCCUCCUCACCCACCGUACCCGAGCGGCCUUCCACAUCCUCCUCCACAUCUAGCGCCCUCGCCGCCGCUUUGUCCUUCGGCGCUUUCAAUCUGACUUCUCAGACAAUAAAGUCGACCAAGCUCUCCCUCACCCCACACCACCUUUUCUACCUACUCUCCCGAUUUGAGGAACUCGGUAUCGAUGUCGGCUCGAUGAAGAUUCGCCUGGAAAACCUGCAUGAUACUAGGGCUUCUGCCAACUACGUCUCUUUCUUAAGCAGCUCACAGAGACUUAAGAGGCGUGGCUCAGAUGUUGGCUCCAUACGCUCCGUGUCUAGUGUCAGGAGCGUAAUGUCCGGCAUGUCUGCCUUGUGGUCGAGCUUGGGCAUUGGGGCUAGCAUAUCCGCCGCCCGGCAGGAGAGGCAGAAGGCGGCGCUACAAGUGGAUAUGAAGUACCUCUACUCAGCCUUCACCAAGAUUCCUUGCCUUCGACUUGCCCCCGACUGGCGUGCGCCGCUAAUACGAGGCUACGAGGAAUUCCCCUUCGAUUCGGCUGUGCCGCUUUACGCUUUCAAGAAUCUCCAAGCCCUAGAGAUCAGCGAUGUCGACUUCCGGCAGUUCUUUGGCUGGGACCGGCUCGCCGACCAGCUCAGGUCACUGACUGUAAAGCGGGCUAGUUUAGAGGACCCGGCCGAUAUCCUCAUUGACAUCGUCUUGGAUGAUAUGGAUAAAAGACGUCGUCGUACCUCCAAGGCUCAGACCUCACCGACCCAUCCUUGCCCCGGCCAUUCAAGCCCGCGGCGGAUACCCACUCAACAAGACGUACAAAAGACGAGCUCCGCUCCAGCUUCGCCCGAGCCGAGAAAGUCUGUUGGAAACGUCCGAGUCAACCCGAUGAGUGCUAGCGAGAGCGCCAUCGAUGAAGCCCACUCGAUGAACGCAAGUCAACUCCCCCCAAAAGAGCAGGGAGAUACCGAUGAGGAGGCAAAGUCACCUUCGUCACCGUCCCCGAGGCCGCGUAGUUUCUCACCUGUGCGACGCCCCAACUCACGAAACGCCUCAUCGCAUGUACGAGGCUCCCACAAAGUGAAGCGGUCAGGUUCCACCAGUUCCCAUUCGAGCCUUGGCGACUCGUGGCACCAUCACAUGCGAGGAAGCUCGUCUAACCUCUUGGCUAUGGGAAUCCUGCCUGCAUCCAAGUGGCGUUUCUUGCGACACCUGAGUCUGGCCGACAACUCGUUGACUUCGAUCCCGGCCACUAGCCUGGGACCCCUCUCCAAUACUCUCCACUCACUUGACCUGUCGUCCAACCUAUUCACUCAGAUUCCGGAUAGCCUCGCCACCCUCACGGCGUUGCGCUCUCUCAACCUCUCCUACUGCAUGAUCGACUCGUUGCACUCUCUCACCCGCAACCCUCUGCCUGCUAUUACCGCGCUCAACCUGCGGGGAAAUCGGCUGCAAUCCAUUGCAGGUAUUGAGAAGCUGUACCCCUUGGAAAGGUUAGACUUGAGGGAGAACCGCCUCACCGACCCCACGGAGAUUGCUCGUCUGACUGGCAUUCCGGAUAUUCGCGAAAUCUGGGUGGAAGGAAACCCCUUCACACGCACCCACAAGAAUUACCGCGUGACGAUCUUCAAUCUGUUCCGCCAGACGCCAGGAUAUACCGAGGAUAUCAUCAUUGACGGGACAGGGCCGAGUUACUCUGAGAAGCGCCUGUUGGUUGACCGCGUGCCGCUCCCCGCAGCGGUCCCCGUUGUCAAGCCGGCGCCUCCGGAGAUCCCGGCCGUCGAUGUGAGCAAACCUGCAAUCAUUUACGAUGCCCCUCGGGAGCCUCAUGUAUUGAGGAAAGAGCGCCCGAAAUCUAAAAUCGUCUCUAGUGAGGUCAGUGUAGGCUCGUCUCGGAGACGCAAGGCUCCCAAGAGACGAAUUGUCGACCUGGCCGUUUCGGAGCCCACUCCUUCAUCCGUUAUCGCACAUCCCCAGCAGACUGUACAAUGCGUGGCUAUUAAGAAGGCUCCGGUUGAAAGUGCUGCGGCGGGUGGCAUUCUUGCUGAGUCCAGGGCACCGGAGGUAGAUAACUCCCCCAUUGGGGCGACGCAGCUACUCUCUGCGCCUACACUCAAGCCUCAGGAAGCGAACGGCAACACUACUACACCCCGUGAAGUGCAGCGGAUCAACACCGAUGUUGAUUCUCAACCCCCACCGACGUAUUCCGUCACUCCCAAUGUUCAGACUAACUGGUCUGAUCCGAGGGAAUGGGAUAGCGGCGAGAUGUAUCGUCGCAAAAUCGAAGCUUUGCGAGACAAAGUUGGGAACGGCUAUCUCAGUGUUCUGAGUGAAGAAUCAUGGGACAGCACGUUGGCCCCCGACUACUCGGCCAAGGCGUACAAUCCCUCUCUGCACAGCACUACCGCCUCGGUGAUGGAUAGCCAUCAUCAUCCGCAUAACCUACAUCAUCAUCAUCAUUCAAUGGCCCCUCCCCCACCUCCAGCCAUUCACAGCGGACGCAGUCUGGGCUAA